AUGGCUGUCACUUGCAUGGACAUCUUCAAGUUCCUCUUCGCUGUCAUCUUCCCACCUCUCGGAGUGUUCUUGGAGACAGGAUGUGACGUUCAUCUUGCCAUUUGCAUCUUGCUCACAAUUCUCGGCUACAUUCCAGGAAUCAUCUACGCCGUCUACGUCAUCGUUGACAAUUAG